AUGGCUGUUUGUGUAGCAGUCAUAGCUAAGGAGAACUAUCCUUUGUUCAUCAAGACAGUCCCGACAGACAAUGAGCUCAAGUUCUACUACACGGUGCACACAUCUCUGGAUGUGGUUGAAGAGAAGAUCAGUUCUGUGGGGAAAAACACCAAUGACUUGAGAGAACUCUAUCUAGGGCUGCUGUACCCGACAGAGGACUAUAAAGUCUAUGGUUAUGUUACCAACACAAAAGUCAAGUUCGUUAUCGUUGUUGAUUCUUCGAAUGCUACCUUGAGAGACAAUGAGAUUAGAACAAUGUUCAAGAAACUACACAAUGCUUAUGUGGACAUGUUGUGUAAUCCAUUUUACAAGCCAGGAGAAAAUAUCACCUCUAAAAUGUUUGAGAAUAUCGUUUUGUCAAUGCUGCAGCAAGAUUGA